AUGACCCAAACAGAGAACCACUCCCAGACCAAACCCAGGCUAUUCAAGUCCCUAUGGUCCAGUUCCAACACACCCUCUGCUGCAUCAUGCUGUUCUCUCUUUAGUGACUGUGUUCAUGUGGCUACAUCCAGGACCUGCGAGUAUCUUCACUUCACAGACCCGGAUAAGAAGUUCCAGCCAAGCAGCGCAGCCCUGCGUGAGAUCUUCCUAAUGACUUACAUCCAGCGCAGCUUCCAGCUGAACCUUGCCAAUACCUUCAGCUGCACUGUGAUGACUCAAGGACAGAGGUUCCUUCUGGGGACUGACUGGGUCUGGGCUGUGCUGGAUACACCCAGUAAAAACCCCAGAAUCCAGAUUGCUGUGCAGGUCCUGCAUCUUGCAGAGAACACUCAGGAGAAUUUUGAGGAACAUUCUAUCAUGGAGAUGGAGUCAUUUCAGAGAACCAGAGCUGAGAGACUGGUGGAGUUCUGCGCUGGAAUUGGGAGGAGCUGCUUUGCUUUGUUCCUCUUCUUUGGACGUAAGAAUGAUCCCGGGAGCAUCUGCGGCCUGCUGAGCAACAACCUGCAUCAGGCGCUUGGGAAGUGUGUUAGAAUUGAUCAGGCAUUUAUCGAGGGGUUUUUCAAAGGGGCCAGGGGUUUUGUUACUGCCACUGGGAUGCUGCAAGCGGUGGUUGGCAAGAAGGCUAAUGACCCUCUCACCAUGCUUGUCAAGUUCACAUAAUGUUAUCAGAUUCAUGAUCACCAUCAUCAGCUGAUUUUGCUAAUUACACCUGGCAAAGCCAAUGGACAAUUGGGGCAGACAGCCUUGCUGUGGUGUGCUUUGUGUCUGAUGUAGCAUACAGCACCUGGCCCUGAUACUUCUGUCCACAGUCGGUCUUUUAACAUCUAUUUAGAUAUUUUCACAGAAUUAUUUCAUGAUGCUUUAUGUAUAAUUUUAGCACAAGUGCCAGCUCCAGUUCUUUUUCAGACUUUGUUUGUAGACACAUAAUUCAAGACUGUGACUCACUGCUAAUAAAUAGAUAUUUAAAGGAAUAUUUCAGCCAUAAAUUAAACAUAAUACAAUUUGCACUCUCCAAAACUGGGAACUAAGCUUCAAUGACUUGUUAUUAGCUUCAUAACUCACUAACUGACUAAAGAUGCAAACAUAAGAGACCAAACAUGUAGAAAUUUGGAAAAGAUGGGAUAAAAUUGGUGUGCAUUUCUUUUUCUGCCUGAAAUGCACCUUUAAAGUAACUCAGUAAAAAUUUCGUAUCUUAAUCUGAAUAUUUGAGAGUGGGACGCAUGUUUAGGAAAUGAAUACAUUUUUAGCACUCAUAUUUCUGUACAUUAUGUUAUAAUAAAAUACUCCAUUAUGUAAGGAAUGAAACUCUUCGGAGCAUGCUGUUAUAGGAAAAUAAUCAACCAUGUGGUGGUGUGAUGUGGCCUGAUCUGAAGCAGAGUUAAUUUUCCAUCCAGAACUGGAUUAUUUUCCUGAUAUGUUUUAUUCCACUUAUACUAAAGCAAUUUGCUAAUGAUUAUUCAUUUAAAUUUUAAAUGAUUUACAAACAUGUCAUUCUUUAGGUCCUGUUAUCAUUUGUGUUAUAGCAGCUAUAAACUAAAAGUAUACAGCUGCUAUAACACAAGUGAUAACAGGAUAAUAAUAUAAAUAAAAUAUAACACAAGUGAUAACGAGUGAUAACAGCUUUAUGUCUGACUGUUGCAAAGUGCUGAAACUGGAGACUCCUUCCAUAAAUGUUACUUGUAAAAAAUAAACAUCUCACAGAAAACUUUGCCAUAUCAGUGAUUAUAUGUUUUCUCUGUUAAAUAGUCCCUUUGAAUUAGCCAUUACUAUAGAAAUGAUAACGAAUUCAUUAAUAUAAACCCAGGAUUUGUAGCUGCACUACUGACAGAGCUGUUAUAGAAAAUUAGAUAUA